CCGAUGAAGCCCUUAAAAGUGCUCAAUGGAUGAAGUAUCAUAAUGAUGCAAAGAGAAGAAUCUUCAAACGAAGCCUGACAGAUGGGAGAGUGAUGAUGACUCAGCACUUUACUGAAAGAACAUUGACUCCAGGUGGUGAUAUCAGUAUGCAAUGUGCAGCAACAGCAGACAGACCACCACAGUUCGUUUGGCAGCGAGAUGGCCUUACUGUGUCCACUAGCACUGACCCAAGAUAUUCAUUAGGACAAGUCAUGAGAGCUGAUGGUACCGUACUGGCUCAACUAAAUAUAUCAAGAGUGAGGGUAGAAGAUGGUGGACUAUACUCUUGUAUAGCGAAGGAAGGUGAACAUGUGGCUGUUCAUGAGAAUCGACUGGAUAUAUAUGGUCCACCAUACAUAAGAGCGCUACCUUCAAUUAAGGUACAGAGUGGGGAAACGGUAAAUCUAAGAUGUCCGUAUUAUGGAUAUCCUAUAAGUAAAAUAGACUGGGAAUUCAAAGGCAAAACAAUAAGUUCGGACAAUCUUUUCCAAAACCGUUACAAGCGCAGCCAACAUAAGAAAAAGAAAACGCGCCGCAGUGUUACCAACAUACACGGAAUUUUGAACAUUCCAGAAGUGAAUAAAGAAGAAAACGAAGCUUCUUACACAUGUAUAGUGACUAGUCCUUCAGGUGAAAUGGCUAGACGUACAUUUGAUAUACAGGUUAUAGAAGCUCCUGUAUUAGAGGACCUUUUAUUUGGGAAUAAUCUUCAAGAAGGACAAAUUGUGAAUAUCUAUUGCAAUGUGAGAAGUGGUGACUUGCCUAUACAUUUUGAAUGGCUUAAAGAUGGGAAACGAAUUCCUAGUAGUUUAAAGGUGGUUGAACGCAGUUCUGAGCUCUUCAGUGCUCUAGUGAUAAAACGGGUGUCUUUAGAACAUUGUGGUACUUAUACAUGUGUUGCCACUAAUCAUGUUGCUACUGUUAAUAAAACUACGGAAUUAUAUAUUAAAGUGGCACCAAAAUGGUUAGAAGAGCCGUCCAAUUCCUCAUUGCUUCUGGGCAGACGAGGCACCGUCUCUUGCAGCGCGAGCGGUUACCCUAAACCUCAAGUGCAUUGGAUGAAGAAAGAUGCUAUUCUGGGAACAUGGCAGCCAGUACUAGAAUUGGCUGGUGGUGGGAUACUAAGUCUAGCAAAUGGGACUCUAGUUAUAGAUGAAGUGUCGCUGUCAGACGAAGGGUUAUACUCUUGUAACAUCGAAAAUGGCGUCGGCACACCGCUCAGCAAGACCAUUUGGAUCUCUGUGAAUAAACCUGUUCAUUUCGCUGCCCCAUCAUCAAAUAUCACCUCUCGUUUGGGACAGUCAGCAAGCAUCGAAUGUAACGCUCUGGGUGAUCAUCCUGUAACAAUUCAGUGGAUUAGACAUGGACAUACAAUGGAUUUACAUUCUCUUAGGUGGAAGCUAUCAGAAAUAAAAACAAACUCUGGAUUGUCGAGCACAAUCAAUAUUCAAUAUGCUGAAGCCAGCGAUGGGGGCUUAUACCAGUGCAGAGCAAGUAAUCCCUUUGGCGCAGGCACUUAUAACGUAUACCUCACUAUUUUAGAACCACCCACCCCUCCAUCAGAACUACGAGUGGAUUCCGUCCAGUCCCGGACCGCCACGAUAUCAUGGAGACCAAACGAUCGAAUCGCCGCACACCAGUAUACAAUACAGUAUGCGCUUGCGCAUACUGCUGAUGUUAGAUGGGAGCUUGGUAGCACGUUUAAUAUUUCUAGUAAGGAAAACGAGCUUCGCCAGUCUUUCGACCUACAAAAUCUCCGACCAGCAAGUGGGUACGCCGUCAGAGUGGCCACCGUCAACCAGGUUGCUGUCAGCAGAUUCACUGAACCAGUGCAUUUGACUACACAGGAAGAACCACCAUCAGCUCCACCACAACACAUUCGAGUCACACAGACAGAUGAGCCAGGUGGUCUACAUGUAUUGUGGGCGGCACCAGAUAUUCUGUCACAAAACGGUCACAUCACUGGGUAUCAUGUUAAGGCAGUGCCGCAGAAUCUGGGACCAAUAAUUGAAGAAACAGACACUAGAGUAAUAAAGGUUUCCCACCAAAAUGGAAGACAAGAAACUACAAUAAGCGGAUUAUUGAAAAAUACAAGAUACGCUGUUUCAAUAUCAGCAUUCAACAGCGCUGGAGCAGGACCAUUCUCUUCACCCGUAUUCCAAGAAACUAGAGAAGGAGCUCCCGAAAGUGCACCAUCUUCAGUAGAAUGUACUGCAGUGUCUUCAACAUCAUUACGAGUUGGUUGGCAGCCGAUCAGUACUCCACGACACGGGACUGAAAUAGCAGGAUAUACCAUUAUUUAUGGUACUGAAGAUACCGAUUGGCAGAAUCAAACUUCUUUACACACGGAGCAAUAUAUUCAGAAUCUGUUAAAAUAUACAAACUAUACAAUCAAAGUUGCAGGAUUUUCUAGUUAUGGUGUUGGACCGUUUUCAUAUCCUAUUGUAUGCACUACGUUACAGGAUGUACCAAGUCCUCCAGCAGAUAUAAAAGUUCUAGUACUUUCACCGACAUCACUGCUUAUAAGUUGGAAGCCACCGGAUCGUCCAAAUGGUGAAAUUAUAUACUACACUGUUUAUGUGAAGCCCGUAGGGGGUUCCGGUGAAGCAGUAAUGACACAGAAAGUAGAAGCAAAUCGCAACACAGCUGAAGUGAAAGACUUAAGUACUGGACGUACUUAUGAAGCCUGGGUAUGUGCCUCCACACACGUUGGAGAAGGGAGGGCUAGUAAACGACUCACACAAACACCAACGCAUAGAGUUGUCGCGGGAGUAUCAUCAUUAGGAGGCACGGUAUCAGUAGGCGCCGGUUCGUCCCUCCUGUUGCGGUGCGCGUGUGUGGGCUCGCCCGCCGCGCGCACCGUGUGGUACCACAACCACAACAUCAUCACGCACCAUCCCAGGUUCACCAGGAACCAUGAUGAUACUCUGCUUAUUAACAAUAUAGACGAAUCUCUAAGUGGUAAUUAUACAUGUCUAGCAAAGAAUUUGUACGGCUCAGAUUCUGUUAAAUACACAGUUGUAGUUCAGCCAUUACCAGACUCUCCUAUACUUAGAGCUACACCAUACAAAGACUCUAUUUUAGUUGAAUGGGAACAACCGCACUAUCCGACUAUGAAUAGAACUUCGAUACAGAAAAUAUCCUAUAGUCUAACAUGGAAGGAAGCGAAUGGUCCAUGGCAAGAAGCCUGGGCGCAUAAUGAGUUACCAAACUUAUCUAAUACACAAAAGCACACAUUAUCCGGGCUUAAAUGUGGAACCAAAUAUUCUGUAAGGAUAACUGCGACGAAUAAAGUUGGCACAUCACAGCCUGCUUAUAUGGAUGUAAAUACUUUGGGUAGUGUACCAAUACCACCAUCGUCAAACGAAUGGUUAUGGAGUAACAGUUCCCAUAUUUACAUUCAAUUGGCUGGUUGGGAGGACGGUGGUUGUGACAUGCGCGCUUGGGACGUUGAAUAUCGUACCCUUGGGUCGCGGUUGUGGAGUAGAGCUAGGAAUACACUGACGUAUGCGGAUACAAGUUGGAAUCUGCCCCUGUACCAAGCUCCUAGCUACCGGUCCAGUUCGUUUGCGAUAUCGGAUCUGUUGCCUGGAACGUGGUACCAGAUCCGUAUUAUUGCUUCGAAUGAAGCUGGCAGUGUUAGCAGCAUUUAUAAUUAUGCUACCAAAAACUUGGAUGGCAGUGAAGUCGGUCCACCAUCAGAGAUGUUUGACUUGAAUAUGUUUGUAAUAAUAUUCAGCUCUGUGCUGCUAUUGGUAUGCCUUGUUUGCUGUGUGUAUAUUCUAUUGAAGAGACAGAGAAACGGUAACUUCACUCAAUACAGGGAUUCAAUAACAAUAGACAAUAAAUCAGAAAGUAACAUUACCACCAAUAAUUCUCAUGGCAAUUUAGCUGCGAAAGAAAAUGCUCUGAACGCACAAAAUAGGAUCUACAGCACACCAAUACCAGUUAGAAAUAAUAGUAAACAUGAACUAUACGAAAUAAGUCCAUACGCCCAGUUCGCGGUUGGCUUCAGAACUUUUGGACAUGUCGACAACCAGGAUCCACCGAACAGCCACAAACACAAAUACUGUGAUACAGAAACGAGUUUUCAAAUGUGUUCAGAGUGUGAAGAUAGUGAUACCAUAUCAAAAUACAGUGGAAGUAAAUGUUCCAGAGAGACGUGUAGAACCCCACAUCAUAGGUAGCUAAGCGAGAAAAUACCAAAAAUUAUGAAUAGGAGGAAAAACUGAACAUAAACCUACUUAUUCUGUAAAUCAAGGU